UUUCCCAGCUAGAUAACUUUGAGUUCACCCUUACUCUUUGUUGACGCCCAACUAAGAAGUCUUUUAUCCACAUCAAUAAAUUGCCUCCAAUCCCGACUUUUCUUAACUUAUAUAACAGCCGGUUGUGCGGAACUUUGUCAAAAGCUUUACUGAAAUCAAUGAAGGCGACGUCCACAGGUAGGUUUUGGUCUUUAAGAGCGCACCAGCUUUCACGAGCCACUAAGUUAGUGAGACGAGAAUAACCUAUUCUGAAGCCGUGCUGCUUCUCCCAGACGAUCCGGUUUUUAUCGAGAUACUUAAACAGCUCCUUCCGAAUAAUCUUUUCUAAGAUUUUAACAACCACACUAGUUAGGCUAACGGGACGGUAGUUCUCAGGUUUGUGUUCCGUACCUGUUUUGAAGACAGGACUUACUAUGGCGUUUUCCCAGUCUUUUGGUAAACGACCCUGCGUAACGGAUAGGUUAAAGCAUGUACUUAAAGGGCUUGCAACGAAGUUAGAUAAUUCCUUCAGUAGCCUAGGAUGUAAUUCAUCGGGCCCCGUGGAUUUACCUAUGUCAACCUUAUUUAGCAGACCACAGACAUCGAGUUCUUUAAUGGUCACGCUAUCCAGUGUAUGUAUGGGGGGAUCUGUAUACGCUGACGGAAAGGGCGCUUCUAUGGUAUAUACGUUGCUAAAGUAGUUCGAGAACACUUGAGCCUUACCAAAGUCAUCCUCCACUAAUGAUGAAGCAGUACUGUCUCCCCACAGUACAGGAAUAUUUUCUCUUCUUUUUGUCCUUUGGUUUAUAUAGGAAUACAAGCGUUUAGGACAUUCUAUGGAUUCCUUAACAAGUUUUCCUUCGUAAAAGUUUCUAGACUUACGGAGGGUCGAGGCGCAAGUAUUCCGAGCCUUUCGAUACUGAGAUUUUGACUCAUCAGUCCCCGGUAACCUAAAUCUAUCCCACAUUUUCCUUUUCUUACGGAGAAGGAUACGGACCUCCCUACUGAGCCAUGGUGGUGAGUUUUUCGGCCCCUUUGGUAUAGUCCAAGGGAUGUGAGGUGUGGUAACUUUUAAGUAUGAAUUUCGAAAUGCGUCCCAGGCCGUUUCAAUGGAGGACUCUGGGUCUAUUGUCCAAUCUAUUAACGAUGCUGAGUGCACGAUGUCUGGUAUGUUUGCUUUCCAGAAGUUGGGUCUGGACUAGACUGACGCGUGCUCGUGACUGGAAGUUAUAUGGAAGUCGAAAACUAAAACUGCGUGAUCACUUUUACCUAGAGGUGGUAUAUGACGGAGGUUCGCCAGGUUUAUGUUACUGCGAUUAUGUCUGGCUUUGUAGAGUCAAUCUGUACACCUAGUUCCGAUCGCUUUUUAAGUAAGCUUCGUGCAUUGGUGUAACAGAUCCGAAGCCUGUUUAAGUGCCUUCGUGCUUCACCCAGAGUGGCUUCGGCACCAUUCUCUGUCGAAGCCUCACAACCCGAAAAUUUACAAUUUUCAGGUCCUUUUCGCCAGCGUCUAACCCAAGUUGCAGUUCUUUCUCAGCUUCCUGUCCUUUAACACGGUCUGCCAACGGUAGGUCCUUUCGGAUAAAGACUCCUAAACCCUUUAAUUUGUGUCCAUUCUGUUCAGAAAUGUUAAGGAUACAGUAAGCCAUUAGAAAGUCACCUCUAAGACGCCUGUAAUCUAAUGAGCAAAGUUUAAGCGAUUGGAGGCGCUCUUCAUUAGGCUUGAACUUGAGUCCCCGAACUGAUUUUGUGGCUCGCCGUUGGAUACGCUCCGAAGUGUCCUUAUCGUUUUGGAGUAAGGGAGGAAACACUACGUUACCGUACCCAAAAUGGGGACAAAUAAAACUGUCGAAGAUUAUGUAGAAAUUUCUUCCGUCAAGCUGGCCAAAAAUGCGCUUCAAUGUUACCAGUGCAAGGUUUGCUCGGAAGGCAUUUUUGUCACAGUUAGCGUAAGACUUUAAAUCGUAGGGUACCAAAACUCCUAAAUCUUUUUCGACUCGAGAUACUUCUAGAGAUGAGUCGUCUAAGUUGCAGCUGUAGUCUGCGACAUGUCACAGAUGGACUACUUUACACUUUGAAAUGUUAAAGGUAAGUCCGUUAUCAUCUGCCCAAAUUCGAAUUCGAGUCAGAUCCGUUUGAUGUGCCAGUACAUCCUCUUAGUUUCUUAUCUCUCACCAAAGUUUCACGUCAUCGGCAAAAAGUAAUGUCUGACGAUACCUGUUGUGGAAGAUCAUUUAUAUAAAUUAAGAAGGAAAGAGGUUUUAGUACUGAGCCCUGGGGGACCCCUCUAGUACAUUACAUAGCCUGAGAGAAUAUGAAAUUGACCGUCACCUUAAAAUGUCUAUUUUUCAGAUAUGAAGUGAGCUUGCUGGGUCGUCGAGUUUUAAUUUUUCUUUCUUUGUUCUCUGUUCCACUCCCCAUCACGCUGCUCUGCAUGCUCCACUUGUAAACAAAUUACCUGACUAGAAGCAAACAGCCAAAACAGACAAGCACUUCAGACAUUUAUUUCCAUCCAUUGAAUACAAAUGUGCCCGGUUAAUGGCAUUGUCAAUGAACCAGUAAUAGUAACAGUCAAAGUUUGUGAUGAGGCUAAAGGAGGUAACCUUUCAUUUUACAUUAUAAGAUCGGAACUUCGUUCUCCUUAAAUUAAACUGUAUAGUUGAAAAAGAUUUCAGAUGUGAGCUGGACGUUCUUAUGAUUGAGAUGCCGUACUUCAAAGAAUUUUUGAUUAAGGAUGGUCAGUUUAUCAGCGAAGUAGAAAUACUUGUUCACUGUGACCUAAAAAUAUUCGAGUGGCUACUACUUUAUGCUAGAAAACACAUUGAUCCUGAUGCGUAUAAAGAAUGCACUUUGUCAACUUCGAAUGUCCUUGCAUUAUUAGUUUCAUCGAACUUUCUUAAAAUGGAACGUCUGACUUCUGAAUGUUUAGAAUAUUUCUGCAAACAUGCUGGAGAUAUUAUAGCAAGUCCUUUCUCUUUAGAUUGUUUGGGCGAUAGCUUAGUUGAGCGGUACAUCGCCCUCCGGUUGAAAUUGGAGGAACUGGAUAAGAUCAAGGAUAAGAAAGACAAAAUAAAAAGCAAAAUCUUUUUCAAGAAAAUUGAACAUUUGUUUGAUCCUGAGUAUACUUCUUCAUACUGUCCUAACAAUGCAGCGUAUCUAUUUCGAUGUCAAAAAUGUGGUAAAGUACUGACGAGAAGCAUUUCAAUUAUUGUACCUUGUCUUCCGAAUCGCUUUAUAAUUAGUCGACGUGGCGAUAUGAUACCUGUUCAUGACCCUAUGGAACCAAGUGGAAAAGAAUUAAUUUCGACAGAUGAACCAUCUCAUCAAUGUAUUGAGGCUAACGAUUAUUCGAAACAUUCACAUACACCUACAUCAUCAAUUACAUUCUCGAAUUCACAUUGUCGAUCGGUAGUCACAUCAAAUAUUAAUGGACAAAUAACCAUGCCAGUUAGUCAAAAACUAACAAGUUUUUCAUGUACAGAACUUUUAAUUCAAUGGUUUAUGGAAUCAGGAAAUUGGCGCGAUGUAUUUUGGAAACUAUGGGCUACAAUAAAUCUUCAAUUAUGCAAACGUUGUGGCAAACAAUUUCCUAUAGUUGAAUUAGGAGAUGGUUGUUUCUAUCAUACGAUGACUCCCGUACCUGUUCAAUCAAAUCAUAUAGUUAAUAAUACUGUUUCAAUGAAAAACGAACUAUCAAAUAGUCUUGAUAACUGUCAACUUGAUGAUGAAUAUGAUGAUAUUUCCAGCAAUAAACGAUUUACAUCUACAUUUAAAAAACCAGAAAAUAUCGAAUUUCAUUGUAGAAAUGCUAAAUCUCAUGAAUUAUUAUCAAAAAAGCAUUCACAAUCAAAUAUUACUAAUACUGACUUAUUAAGGCAUGAUAAACCUGAUUUCAUCUAUCCAUGUUGUGGAUUGGGCUUAUCAAGAUUCAAUUUAUUCUCAACUCAAAAUGGAUGUCACAGAAGUGAACAUAUUUUGAAUGAAGAUAGUUCAGAUCCUGUAACAAAAUUAUGUAUACAACAUCGUGAAAUGAUUAUGUCAUGGGCUACUAAACGAUCAUUCAAUCAAAAUAAUGACAAUAAUUCAUCUGAUUAUGUUAUUAAUGGUGGACAUUCACACAAUCAUAAAAUUGAUUUAAGUCAAAUUAUUUGUAAUAAAGAACUUGUUUACAAAGCUCCAGCAUUUACACUUUUAGCCUGUUUGGAUAAACAACCUGAUAAAUAUGAUAAACCAGAAGUGUCAAAUUUGUUUAAAGCAACAAUUAAUAAUCAACCUGUAGAACCAAUAUUUGAUAUCAAAUAUGAAGAUCGACUAGUUCAGAUUAACCAAUCAAAUGAUGUUGAAAAUAUAGUGAAUAGUUUAACACCAAUAAUUAAUUCGAAUGGAUUAUUAUCGUCAACACUAGAUGAACGUGUAUGGGACACGGGAAAAUGUAAUCGAAUUAAUCAAGAUAAUCAACGUCAAGAAGAUUUACGUCGAAUGCAAAAACUCACUGAAUUCUUAUGUGCACAACGUCAAAAAACAACCACGUGUUCAGAGAUACCAACUUCUAAAGAAUGUCAGGCUGGGAUUUACACACGUUUAGAUUUACAGUGGCGUUCACAAUCCAGCUUAACACCAUCGAAAUCAACAGUUAACCCGAUUAUUCGAAAAUCUAAAUCUCAGAUCUCUUCACUCCCAUUUCGUUAACUGACUGUAUACAUAUAUGAAGCCAAUGAAUCAAUGUGAAGUUCGCUAUUAUUAUUAUUAUUAGAACUGUUUGUUUUAAUGUGUGUAUAAUAAUAAUCGCUUGUAAAAUAAAACCAACCUACAUUAAAUUGUGUCAAUGAAUUGUUUAUUAAAAGUAAUGUUUAUUGUACAAA